CACAUCUGUAAGGCCGCCCAUAUGACGCAAUAUUCGAUCACGGUCUCCAGAGUCGAUGGAGAGCUUCAAAAGGGCCUUUUGAAGAUUUGCUCUCCACCUGCUUCUCUCCAAGCACAUUCCCAGCCGUCAGCAUGGCCAAAAGCGCGCAGGGAGGCAUAUUUUGCUACGACAUUGGCAACACAACCAAGGGAUUCGACUGCUGCUUUCCAGACAACCAAGGCGCCCAAAUAUGCAGCGACACUUUCCUGGCCAACACUCACACGACCUUCUCCUGCCUAAAAGACGGCGACUGCAUCGCGGCCUGUCGCAAUGUUUCUUCCAUCUACGUAUCUCUCAACCAAAUCGAUCCAUACCAGGGCGAUGGACAGGGCCCUAUCCAUCGAUAUCAAACAUGCGCCAAUGUACCCGCCAUGGCCGGCUAUCUGUCACAGGAGAACGUGCUGGAACCGAACAUUUCGUCCGCGAUUGCGCAACAUAUGCCCGUGCAUACCUCAGUCGAUGACUUGAUGAACAUCACGUCGGGGGUUACCGAGUGCUUGACUGCGACUUGCCACAAUGCGAGGAAUGAUGCAAAUUGCAGUACGCCGUGCGCAGCGGUUAAUCUGCUCUUGAAUUACACGACGCCAAAUGUAACGGGCAUCAAUGAGUGCCUGGGCGAGCUGUGCAAUGGCCGGUACAACUCGUUGCCUUUUGCGGAUGCGGACGUUGUUGGGAUUGGGGUCUUUGCUUCCUAUCUCAUGCAAUGCAUGUUCGUCGUCGUACUCUGGCUCGGCCUUUCCGGGUUCGAAUUCUACAACCACUGCCGCCGCCGCCGUCGCCACGCACAUCUAGCGUCAACCCCAGAACGCAUGCCUGAAAAGCCAAAACCCGACCAGCCGGGCCAACCCACGCCGCCAGAAGCCCCAGAAGCCCCAGAGCCGCUCAUCCACCAACGCACCUUUGAAGCCUUUCUCGUCGAAUUUCACAAAUCCCAGUGCUACUUCAGCGCUACCAUCCAAAUUGCCUCCCUCGCCUACGGCAUCUUCACCACCGACAUGCUCAUCACCUUUAUGCUCACGCCCCUCGCGACCAACGGCGUGCUCCCCGUCGUCUUCGCCUUCGUCCUGCUCUUCCGCUGCGGCAAGUCGACCAUGGACGCCACCAUCCUCACAACCUUCACCUGGCUCCUCGCCUCCAUUGUGUACUGGAUCCUGUACUCCAACAUCAUCCCCAUCAACCAGGACAUCAGAGGCGACCAGAAAAGAUAUCGCGCGUACCAGCAAUUCAUGUACAAGCUGAGCGCUCUUGACGCAUGCGGGGGGUUCUCGGCGCUGGCGGUUUGCCCGGACAAUUUCUACCUGGGAAGAGAUGACAUCUUUGCCGCGAGCCAUAAUCUGCGGGUGCUGACACCGAUUAUCUGGACCUUCUCGACGGUGUGCCUACUCGCCACCCUAGCCGGCAAGUUGACCAAAUGGCGCCGUGGGCGAGGCUAUCAGAGCGCCCAGCAGAGCGAAGUCGACGCCGCCGAAGAGGGAACCUCCACCGGCCGUCCUACCGGAGACCACCACCCACCCUUUUUCCGCUCGCGUCUCGGCGCCUCGAUCACGUACUGGCUCGUUACGUUCUGCUUUCUCGCCGGCAUCGGCAUGCAGAUGUCGCUGCUUUCUAUUGGGACGAGCUUGCAUAUGAUGAAUAGGAUGCAUUGGAGUUUUGGACAGAUUGUCGCGGUGACGAUUUGGGCGCCGCCGUUGCUGGGGUAUUUGUAUGAUGAGUUGAAGGAGAUUUUGAGGACGAGGUGGGGCGUUGGGGAUAUUCCGAGAUAAGUGAAUAAGAUCUUCGAAGGAGGUGUGCUACUAUCCUUGAUCUUGAUGGCGUUCUCCAAAACGGGUUCCUAAAUACCCCCAUUCGUACUUUGCCCACUGGCGGCGGAAUUUGUUCAGGUCACGUUCCUCACGCUGGGAUCGCAGUGAACUGCUCAAUGUUAUAGCAGAAGCUAGACCUUAGCGCGGCUGAAAGUGUUAAUGCGAUUCUUUUCAGCGUCUUGCUGGCGCGUUUUGCCG